AUGGACUAUUGCACCAGUAGCACACACCCUGUGCCACGGCACUACUCUUUCGGGCGUUGGCUUACGAGCAUUCUUUUGUUCACGGCGGCAACAACGCCGACGACGAAGGGGUGCGUAGAGGGUGAGAGGGACGCCCUCCUCGACUUCAAAACCGGCAUCGUCAAGGAUCCUUCUAGCAGUUUGUCAUCAUGGCGAGGCCGAGUAGACUGCUGCAGAUGGAGCGGGGUGGUCUGUGACAACAGAACCGGCCAUGUCGUGGAGCUCAACCUCCAGAAUUCCGACCCUUAUAACUAUGAGACGUCUAUCGGAGGUGAGAUCAGACCAUCCUUGCUCCUUCUAACUCAUUUGGAGCGCCUCAACCUCAGCUACAAUGACUUCGGUGGGAUCCAAAUCCCGAAAUUUUUGGGUUCCCUUACCAAGUUGACGUAUCUCGACCUCUCCUGGUCCAACUUCAGCGGAGCCAUUCCGCCCCAGCUGGGCAACCUGUCCAGCCUCCGCUAUCUCGAUCUCAAUUCGGGUGGCUUAUCGACCGAUGGCCUGCACUGGCUCUCGCGUCUCACUUCCUUGAGAUACCUCGACAUGAGCUUUGGGAAUCUUUCCAUGGCCUCCCACAAUUGGCUUCAAGCGGUGAACAUGUUGUCCUCACUGGAGGAGCUACAUUUACAAUACUGUGGCCUCACCGACCUCCCCUCUUCUCUUUCCCAUGUCAACCUCACGACGUUGACCACUCUCGAUCUCUUUGGCAACCUCUUCAACUCCACCAUCCCCAACUGGCUAUGGAAACUCCACAGACUCUCUUAUCUUGAUCUCAGUUUUUCUAUGUUUCAUGGUGCCAUACCCGCUGGGAUUGGAAAUUUGACUGGUCUAAGAGAACUUUAUCUUGGUGUUAAUUCACUUUCAGGUCCCAUACCCACUGAGAUUGGAAUUUGGAAUAGUUUAAAACUUAUCGAUCUGAGUGGAAGACUGACCGAGUCAACGUUGGGGCAUUUCCGUAGCAGUCUCACACGUCCCGUCCAUCAAAAAGUAGGAAAUGAAGAAAGGAUGGAGAAGUCACUUCGAGUCAGUUCGCAGCAGCCGUGGAAGCUUCUUGGAAAGCAGGCGGUGGGGGCCUCGAACCACUUGGCGUCCGGAGUCAAAUUUGACAAGGAUCGGAUUAACUCUAACAGCCUCUCCUAUCUCGCGAUCAGCAAUUCUGAAUCGUAUGGGACCGUACCUGCCGGGUUUGGGAACUUGACUAACUCUAACAGCCUCUCCUAUCUCGCGAUCAGCAAUUCUGAAUCGUAUGGGACCGUACCUGCCUGGUUUGGGAACUUGACUCGUCUCACGCAGCUCGACCUUAGCGGCAACUCGCUUUCCGGUUCCAUACCUGUCGAUCUCUGGAGUUUGGCUAGUCUAACCAUACUUGAUCUCAGCCACAAUUCAUUUACGAGUCCCCUUCUACCUCAAAUCGGGAACACGACAAGUCUGUCGCAGCUAAAUCUCGUCCAGUGCUUCCUUGUUGGUUCCAUCCCUGCCGAGAUUGGGCGCUUGACUAGUCCUACGGAAUUACGCCUCAGCGACAAUUCACUUUCGGGUCGAAUCCCUGCCGAGAUUGGGAAUCUGCAACUUAUGUUUGUCCUCACUGGAGGAGCUAUAUUUACAAGACUGUGGCCUCACCGACCUCCCCCUUCUCUUUCCCUUGUCAACCUCACGACGUUGACCACUCUCGAUCUCAAUGGCAACCUCUUCAACUCCACCUUCCCCAACUGGCUAUGGAAACUCCACAACCUCUCUUAUCUUGAUCUCGGUUUUUCUAUGUUUCAUGGUGCCAUACCCGCUGGGAUUGGAAAUUUGACUGGUCUAAGAGAACUUUAUCUUGGUGAUAAUUCACUUUCAGGUCCCAUACCCACUGAGAUUGGAAUUUGUAAUAGUCUAAAACUUAUCGAUCUGCGUGAUAAUUCAAUCUUUGGACCCAUACCUGCUGGGAUUGGGAAUUUGACUGGUCUAAGAAUGCUUUAUCUUGAUCAUAAUUCACUCUUUGGACCCAUACCUGCUGAGAUUGGGAAUAUGGCUGGUCUAAGAGAGCUUUAUCUUGAUCAUAAUUCACUCUUCGGAGUCAUACCUGCUGGGAUUGGGAAGUUGACUAGUCUAGGAGUGCUUUAUCUUAAUGAUAAUUCACUCUUUGGACCCAUACCUGUUGGGAUUGGGAAUUUGACCGGUCUAGGAGAGCUUUAUCUUAACGAUAAUUCACUUUCAGGUCCCGUACCCAUUGAGAUCGGCAAGCUUUCCAACCUCACCAUUCUUUCUCUCUCUAGUAAUUCCCUAGAGGGCACCAUGAUCAUUGCCAUCGAUCUUUCCCACACUAGAAUUGAGAAUCUUGGAUCUCUCACGUAA